ACAUUGUGGAAUGACAAACAGUGGAACUGAUAAAAGAUUUAACAAGUUGGAGCCUGAGAACAGAAUGGGUUCCAUCUCCUGAAUGCGACGAGCCGAUUAAACGCCUGUGCGAUUCCCUCCCCUCCGGUGAUGAUGCAGUGAACCAGCUCUGCGCAGAACCAGAUCCGCUGUAUAAAAACGCCUGCGCUUCCAACACACGGAUUACAACAACGGACGCAACAGACCGGCGUUAUCUUAAAGCCCGCCAGCAUGCACGCCACAAAGAACGGGAUCUGCUGGAGACUUUUUCUAUUUUCCUGCUUGUUUUUGGACACUUGGUCUCAAGAUUUUGCGGGACAGACGCAGUUUAUUUGCACAUCCGUGCCAAGGGACGUGGACAUAUGUGCGGCCACUUUGCGGAACAGCGUGCCCGGAGAGGACUUGAAGACGACCGUCAUGCAGCUUCGAGAGACGGUUCUGCAGCAGAAAGAGACGAUCAUGAAUCAAAAAGAGACGAUCAGGGAGCUGACUUCAAAGUUGGCUCGCUGUGAGAGCCAGAGCGGCGUGGAGCCCGCGGACGCGCGGCCCAGCGGCCGCAGGAAAGAAACCGGCAGCAAAAACACGAUGGGGGACGUAUCGAGGGGCCCCGGAGACACUUUGACGCAACUAUCACAGACUUUACAGUCUCUUAAACAGAGAUUAGAACACCUGGAGCAGUUCAGCAGAAGUAACAACUCGGUGCAGGCAAACAGCCUGAAGGAUCUGCUCCAAAGUAAAAUCGACGACUUGGAGAAGCAAGUGUUGUCCCGAGUCAAUAGCAUAGAGGAAGGGAAGCCCGGACUCCGGAACGAGACGGAGCAGCGUGGAAGAGUGGAGUCCACGCUCACGUCUCUGCACCAGAGGAUCUCCGAUUUGGAGAAAGGUCAGAGAGAAAACAGGCCUCUGGAUAAGUUUCAGCUCACCUUCCCUCUCAGAACGAACUACAUGUAUGCCAAAGUGAAGAAGAGUCUGCCUGAGAUGUAUGCUCUGACUGUGUGCAUGUGGCUCAAGUCCAACGCUUCCCCCGGUGUAGGCACGCCAUUCUCCUACGCAGUUCCUGGUCAGGCCAACGAGCUGGUCCUCAUAGAGUGGGGAAACAAUCCAAUGGAGAUACUAAUCAAUGAUAAGGUAGCCAAGCUGCCGUUCCUUAUUAAUGAUGGAAAGUGGCAUCACAUCUGUGUGACCUGGACCACCCGUGACGGUGUUUGGGAGGCUUUUCAGGAUGGUGUCAAGAGGGGCAGUGGGGAGAAUCUGGCUCCGUAUCAUCCCAUCAAACCACAGGGUUUGUUGAUCCUCGGACAAGAACAGGACAUGCUUGGAGGAGGUUUUGAUGCCACACAAGCUUUUGUUGGAGACCUGGCAAAUUUUCACAUCUGGGAUCGAAAACUCUCCGUCGGAGAGAUCUACAAUCUUGCCACUUGUAGCAGCAAAGCUCAGGUGGGCAACGUUUUUGCGUGGUUGGAAACCAACCUUGAGGUUUACGGUGGCGCCUCGAAGUGGACAUUUGAAGCUUGUCGCCAGCUGAACUGAGUUCAAAGGGGGAGGGGGCACAAAAAAUGAAUCAAUCAAUGCAUUUGUCUCUCGAUGAGAUAUGAAAGAUGUUUAGUCGAACGGAACCUGAAUUUAUGAUAGGUAUCCAAAUAAAUUGUUUGUGUGAUAGAUUUCUACUAGGCUUUCUUGCGGGUGGCACGCGACAGGAACGACGUGUCAGCAACCUGCGGUGCUUAAAGCACAUUUAUUUUAAAACGCAGGUGAUGCCGGUCCUCCGUGCACAGGACGACAAACGGAACGAGAGACCAGCGUCAAAACUACAGUAGGAGGUAGUUUUUAGUGGACCGAUGCCACGCAGAAACAUAAAAAUGAAUUCCUUCAAUUUUCUUUGUCAACUGCCAGGUGUUUUCACUGUGAAAAAGAAAGACAUAAAGAAACCGAGUUACCAAGUAGAUGACAUUCUCUCCUCUCUCUGUCACUAUUCUUUCUCUCCCGCCACCUGCUCGAUGUGAUUUUGUGUAACGAAUGACAUUUAUUGCCAACAUUUGAGCCUGAGUGCCUUGGGCUGUUGAGGGAAAAAAAAGAAAAGAAAAAGUCACAGCACAUCCACGUUGAUUUGAAGAGCGUUUGUGGUUAUUUUCUUGUAAAUUAUUUUCAAAACAGAUGUUUAAUGUAACAUUGGAGAUGGAAUUCUGUGGCUCAUAUUGCAGGUGAUUGUGGGAAUGUUGUCUGUACAAUAAGAGCAUGUCUUAAUUUCUGUAAAUGCUGCCUCAGCAUCAGCUUUGCUUUGACUAUCCUGCUUCGGGUUGAGGUUUUAUACCGUAUUGUUAUAUGCUUAAAGCAUGGCAGCACUAACAGAUGAAAAGAUUUAGUUUUUGUAAUAAAUUGUGAUACCUGAA